AUGUUGAUAUAUGUAUUUCUAGUAGCUACGUCCACUCUCGCUCAAGGCAGAGCUGCACCAAGUUGCCAACUUCCCACCAUCAGACUCCCUUUUGGCAAUUGCAGUUUCCCGACUGCCGACCAAGGACGUGUCUACUCUACGGGAAUACUGCUCGGUGCCGGCCCAUCGGACAGAUUCUGCGGAAUGGUGAGCACCGUUGUGAAUUCGUCACUGAUACAAACCAGCAAUGUGUGCUCUGAGGAAUGGCUCAACGUCACGUCAGCUGGUGUCGAGAUGACUGAGGAGCAAUGCUUAUCUCGGAGAGGAGGGUUUCUUCUAAGAGAUGAUUUACCAGAAGCAUCCUCUGUCGUCCGCUCAAGCCUCUCAGAUCUUAAUCCUGGUUGGGUCAAUAUCACUAGGAACGAUACAAAAGAGCCAUUUCGGUAUACAGAAGAGUUUGAACUAAAGAUCAAGGAUAACUCAGUCACGAUGAUUGGAGGACUUAUCACCCAAGGACAACAACAUACGAUGAGCCAUAUCGGGCUGGCAGAAACCUCAACUCUACUUCAGUCACUAAAAGAUGAGGGGUUAAUUGCCGCAAGAUCCUGGGGGCUCGACUCUGGUUCGCAAAGCGUUGCGGCCCCAAGAAAUGGCAGCUUGGUUCUAGGAGGUUACGAUGCUUCCAGCUUUGAUGGAGGUUGGACAACCUUUCCGAUUUCUAGGUCAAACUUGGUCCGGAAACGCCAUUGCCCUCUUCAGGUUUUAAUUACCGAGAUGACCUUUACCGUUCAAGUUGGUGAUAGCAAGGAACAGACGGAGACGCCAGUGAGUGGAUCAAAUGCACUCAUUGCUUGCAUAGAACCAUAUGACAACAAGUUUAGAUUCCCCAGUCAUGAUAUCAAGUACCUCAAAGAAAUGCUCGGCCAUGAGAAUUCUCUCGUUGAUCCUCAGGAACCAGGGCUCUAUAAUAUUGAGCCUAGCCUUGUAUAUGACUCAUCGACUAAGAUGAACAUCUCAAUAAGCUUCACUAUCGCCAACGGAUUAUCAGAGUUGAUAGUGGAGAUACCUUCACAUGAGCUCGUACGGCCUCUGCGAGGACUUGAUCCAAAGGGACGUCCGAUUGCCAAUUCAAGCUUUACUGAGGUACAGGUAUUUGCAGAGGAAGGUGUACUAGACGGACCAGUACUUGGCAAAGUCUUUCUCUCUCAGCUCUACUUAUUUGUUGACUACGAGAACUCGACAUUCUCUCUCGCACCACAAAACACAGGUGGAUUUUCCGUUGAUGUAAAAUCGUCGGGAUCAUGUCCGUCCGAAGAAUCUUUAACAAAGACAGAAAAGGGCCUGAUUGCUGUUGGGGUUGUUUUAGGAGUUGUGCUUCUUGGGCUAGGAGGCUACUUUUCUUACCGAAUUUGGAAGUUACCUUUAAAGAACAAGGAGCCCAACCGGGAACAAGGAGAUUCUGAUGAGACUGACUCUGCCCCGAGAACUCCCCCGAUUUCCAACGCCGACUUUGACUAG